AUGAAGCGGAAGUGGGGUGGCGGAACUGCCAAGUGCCAGGCACCGUGUGACAUUGUGUCCCUCUCCUGCAGGUACCAGGAUUUCCACGCAUUCGACCUCCCAGGAGCCACUCGAGUCCUUGAAUGGAUUGGUGACAAAGGAGUUUUUGUUGCUGGCUAUGAAAAGUUGAAAAAAAAUGAAAUUCUUCACCUGACAUUACCCCCCCGACUUUCUGUAAAUGAAAACCAGGGCUUAUUCCCAGAAAGAGAUUUCAAGGUCUGCCACGGAGGAUUUUCAGACAGGUCUAUCUUCGAUCUGAAGCACGUGCCAGACACCAGGUUGCUGGUGACCAGUGGCCUUCCAGGUUGUUACCUGCAGGUGUGGCAGAUCGCAGAGGACAGUGAUGUCAUUGAAGCUGUCCGCACCAUUGCUGUGCAUGAGAAAGAGGGGAGUCUCUGGCCGAGGAUCGCCAUCUUCUCGUCAGUAGCACCUGGAGUCCUCCACGGGGCGCGGCUCAGCGGCCUGGAGGUUGUAGAUCUGGAAUCCCAGAAGGUCACGUACACCUCAGGUGUCAGCGACCGUGAGGAGCUGAGUAGCCUGCAGGUCCUGGAUGCAGACACCUUUGCCUUCUGCUGCACCUCGGGCCGGCUGGGGCUCGUUGACACCCGCCAGAAGUGGGCGCCGGCAGAGAAUGCCAGCCCCAGCCCCGGGGCUGGUGGAGGGAGGUGGUGUGCAGAAGUCAGGGGCCAGGGCCCUGGGCCCAGCAUUGCCAGCCUGUGCUCAGAUGGGCUGCUCUGUCUUCGUGACCCUCGGGACCUCCGCCGUCCUGUGCGCUCAGUGCGGUGCCCAGUGUCCACACCCAGCCCUGACCCAGAGCUGCUGCGAGUGACCUGGGCUCCAGGCCUGGACAGCUGCUUGGCCAUCUCAGGUUUUGAUGGGACAGUCCAGGUCUAUGAUGUCACGUCUCGGGAUGGAAUGGAGGGCCACGUAGAACCUCUCUUCACUCACAGAGGUCACGUCUUCCUAGAUGACCAUGGGACAGGCGCUGCUCCGCUGGUCACCACCCACACCUGGCACCCCCACAAGUCAAGGACUUUGUUGUCGGCAGCAAGUGACACCUCUGUGCACGUGUGGGACUGGGUGGACCUCCGUGCCUCCCGCUGACACCAGCGUCUUCCUGCCAGGCCCCUGGAAGAGGAGCUGCUGUACGCACAACAAGGGCACUGAUUUAGGACUCAAGUGACCACAGUCCCUGUUACCAGCGGAGUGGCCUUGGGCCAGUGAUGCAGCCUUUCUUAGCCUCAGUGUCUUUUUUGGUAAAAUGAGAAGAGUAGUAACUACCUCGCAGGGUUGUUGGGGAAGUUAGAAGAAAUAUAUGGGGAAAUACCAGGUAGGAUGCAGGAUAGAGAUUUGGUGGCUACUCUUAGAUCAGAGCAGUUGUGGGCGACAGGAUCCUGCUGCUUCCAGCAGGUGUCAAUCCCACGGGUUUUGGCACGAGAGACGCCUUCCUGACCUAAUGGACGGUGGGAGGCCUUCUCAAGAGCAGUGCUGCCGAAACCGGUUUGGCUCAGUGGAUAGAGCGUCGGCCUGUGGACUGAAAGGUCCCAGGUUCGAUUCCG